AUGCUUUCUAGCUCCUCGUCGAUCCUCCGUCGUCUGUCCCGCACUGAUCGUCUGGCCUCUCCCAUCGCCCUCCGAGCCUACUCCACCUCGGGCGCCCGUCCUAAGAAGAACCACCCGAGCCCCAUCGGAUUUGCGCUGAUCGCCAUCGCCGCUUUCGGCACGUUUGCUUACGUCUCGCGCUCCCGUCACGACGAUCCGCAGAAGCACCUCCGCGAAAAGCGCAUCCCACACCCCAAUCCGCUCAUCCCUCCUCGUUCGCAGGAGCCUCAAGUCGCAUCGCUCCUGCACACUUCGCCCAACAUUAACUGGUCAAACACGCUGCUCGGCAGAAUGGGCCUGUUCGACAAGCUCAAGCACAAGAAGGACGACCAGGCCACGGCCUCGGCUGGUGCGUCUGGCUCCGCUCCCGCCGCCCCGGAAGCUGCCCCCGCGCCUGCUAUCGCGGAGGCGAUUGCCAAGGACACGCCGCGCUUCGACUCGUCCAAGGUGACGGUGGUGUUUGUGCUCGGAGGCCCCGGCGCGGGCAAGGGCACGCAGUGUGCUCGCCUCGUCGAGGACUACGGAUUUGUGCACCUGAGUGCCGGAGACCUGCUGCGUGCCGAGCAGCAGCGCGAGGGCUCGCAGUACGGCGCCAUGAUCGCCGAGUACAUCAAGGAGGGCAAGAUCGUGCCCAUGGAGGUCACCGUGGCGCUGCUCUCCAACGCCAUCGCCGACGCGCUCGCCAAGCAGGGCGGCGAAGGCAAGGGCCGCUUCCUCGUCGACGGCUUCCCGCGCAAGAUGGACCAGGCGAUCAAGUUUGACGAAUCGGUGUGCCCGUCGCAGUUUGUGCUCUUCCUGCAGUGCUCCGAGGAGGUGAUGCUGAGCCGACUGCUCGAGCGCGGGAAGACCAGCGGCCGCACCGACGACAACAUCGAGUCGAUCAAGAAGCGUUUCCAGACUUUUGUCGAGACGUCGAUGCCCGUCGUCGACUACUACCGCAAGCAGGACCGCGUGGUGGAGGUGGACUCGAUCAAGCCCGUCGACGAGGUGUACGCCGAGAUCAAGCAGGCCAUGGACCGCACCUUUGCCAACCACGCUCAGCAGUAG